GAGCCGUCAGGUUAUAGGGAAACCUGGGUCUAAGGAGCCAAGAUCAAUUGUUUGGGUGCAUAUUAUGCACUGGAGUCAUCAGGCGGAAAAAUGUACGUGAGUUAUCUCUUGGAGAAGGACACCAGUAUGUACCCAAAUUCCGUAAGACACCCAAGCCUAAACCUGAACCCUCAGAAUUUUGUACCCGCACCUCCUCAGUAUCCGGACUUCACAGGAUACCAUCACGUCUCUGGAAUUACCAGCGACCCUCACCACAGCCAGCCAGGAGCCUGGAAUCCCGCGUACCCUCCUCCGCGAGAGGAAUGGACAACUUAUGGGCCGGUAACCGGACCAUCGACCUCGAGCACUGGUCAGCUGGGUUUCAGCCCUCCAGAGUUUUCAUCUGUUCAAGCGUCCGGCCUUCUUCCAUCCUCCAUAAACGCAUCAGUCGGUCAGCUGUCGCCGAACUCUCAGAGACGGAACCCGUACGACUGGAUGCGUCGGAGCGCGCCGCCGCCAAACUCAGGGGUGAAGACCAGAACAAAAGACAAAUAUCGGGUAGUGUACACGGAUCAUCAGCGACUGGAGCUGGAGAAAGAAUUUCAUUACAGCCGUUACAUCACAAUAAGAAGAAAAGCAGAACUGGCAACAACACUCAGUCUGUCAGAGAGACAGGUGAAGAUCUGGUUCCAGAACCGGCGUGCUAAAGAGAGGAAAGUCAAUAAAAAGAAAAUGCAACAGCCGGCAUCCACAACCACAUCAACCCCACCUGGUUCAGCUCUGCCAGGCAAUGUUCCCAUGGUGACAAGCAGCAGCGGUGGCCUGGUAUCACCAUCUAUGCCAAUGACUAUCAAAGAAGAGUACUGAAGAUGUGCAGACUUUGACUGUUAGCUGUUUUUAUACAGAGCCCUUUCACACUUUUACACACUUUCAUAUCAACUCAUCAAU